GGCGGCGCGGGAGAAAGCAGCGGCGGUGGCUCCAUGGCCCGGGCGCGCUGAGGGACGCGGCUCUCGCCUCAGCCCGGCGGCGGCGGCGGCGGCCGAACAAUGAAGCUCCUGAAACCGACCUGGGUCAACCACAAUGGCAAGCCAAUUUUUUCAGUUGAUAUUCACCCUGACGGGACCAAGUUCGCAACUGGAGGACAAGGACAGGAUUCUGGGAAGGUUGUGAUCUGGAAUAUGUCUCCAGUCCUCCAGGAGGAUGACGAGAAGGAUGAAAAUAUUCCCAAGAUGCUUUGCCAGAUGGACAAUCACUUAGCAUGUGUGAACUGUGUGCGGUGGUCAAACAGUGGGAUGUAUUUAGCUUCUGGGGGAGAUGACAAACUGAUUAUGGUGUGGAAGCGGGCUACGUACAUCGGCCCCAGCACCGUGUUUGGCUCCAGUGGUAAGCUUGCCAAUGUGGAGCAGUGGCGAUGUGUCUCUAUCCUCCGGAGUCACUCAGGCGAUGUGAUGGAUGUAGCAUGGUCUCCCCAUGAUGCCUGGCUGGCCUCGUGCAGCGUGGACAACACUGUCGUCAUCUGGAAUGCUGUGAAGUUCCCAGAAAUUCUAGCUACUCUGAGAGGCCAUUCUGGCUUGGUAAAGGGGUUAACUUGGGACCCUGUUGGUAAAUACAUUGCCUCUCAAGCUGAUGACCGCAGCCUAAAGGUAUGGAGAACGCUGGACUGGCAGUUGGAGACCAGCAUCACCAAGCCUUUUGAUGAGUGUGGAGGGACAACCCAUGUGUUGCGGCUCAGCUGGUCACCUGAUGGGCACUACCUGGUGUCUGCCCACGCCAUGAACAACUCUGGCCCCACUGCCCAGAUCAUUGAACGGGAGGGCUGGAAGACCAACAUGGACUUUGUCGGGCACCGGAAAGCUGUGACUGUCGUGAAAUUCAACCCAAAAAUCUUCAAAAAGAAGCAGAAGAAUGGGAGUUCUGCAAAGCCCAGCUGCCCAUAUUGCUGCUGUGCUGUUGGCAGCAAGGACCGUUCUCUCUCUGUCUGGCUCACGUGUCUGAAACGGCCUUUGGUUGUCAUCCAUGAGCUAUUCGACAAAUCCAUCAUGGAUAUUUCCUGGACUCUGAAUGGGCUGGGCAUCUUGGUGUGCUCCAUGGAUGGCUCUGUGGCAUUCCUAGAUUUCUCCCAGGAUGAGCUCGGAGACCCCUUGAGUGAGGAGGAGAAGAGCCGCAUUCACCAGUCCACAUAUGGCAAGAGCUUGGCCAUCAUGACUGAGGCCCAGCUCUCCACAGCCGUCAUUGAAAACCCAGAGAUGCUCAAAUACCAACGCAGGCAGCAACAACAGCAGCUGGAUCAGAAGAGUGCCUCGGCCAGAGAGACAAGCUCAGCUGCCUCAGUUGCUGGUGUCGUCAAUGGGGAAAGUCUGGAAGACAUUAGGAAGAAUCUUUUGAAGAAACAAGUUGAGACUCGGACAGCAGAUGGUCGCAGAAGAAUCACGCCUCUCUGCAUAGCACAGCUGGACACCGGGGACUUCUCCACGGCAUUCUUUAACAGCAUCCCACUCUCGGGCUCCCUGGCGGGCACCAUGCUCUCCUCUCAUAGCAAUCCACAGCUACUGCCCCUGGACUCCAAUACCCCCAACUCCUUUGGCGCCUCGAAGCCCUCCACAGAGCCUGUGGCUACAACUGGCGCCAGGCCGGCUGGUGAUACUGUCAGUAAGGACAGUGUGAAUGCUACCUCUACUCCUGCUGCAUCGUCACCCUCCGUGUUAACGACCCCGUCCAAGAUUGAACCCAUGAAAGCAUUUGACUCCAGAUUCACGGAGCGGUCCAAAGCCACGCCAGGUGCUCCUGCCUUGACCAGUGUGACUCCAACAGCUGUGGAAAGGUUGAAAGAGCAAAACCUUGUGAAAGAGCUGAGGCCCCGGGACCUCCUGGAGAGCAGCAGUGACAGCGACGAAAAAGUCCCUGUGGCCAAGCCUUCCUCGCUGUCCAAGCGAAAACUGGAGCUUGAGGUGGAAACAGUGGAAAAGAAGAAGAAAGGGCGGCCUCGGAAGGACUCUCGGCUCAUGCCUGUGUCUCUGUCUGUCCAGUCCCCAGCUGCCCUGACCGCAGAGAAGGACGCCGUGUGUUUGUCUGUACCAGCACCUGCACUGAAACUGCCCAUGCCAGGCCCCCAGAGAGCAUUCACCCUCCAGGUGAGCUCCGAUCCCUCCAUGUACAUUGAGGUGGAGAAUGAAGUGACUGCCGUGGGAGGUGUGAAGCUAAGUCGCUUGAAGUGUAACCGGGAAGGGAAGGAGUGGGAGACGGUACUCACCAGCCGGAUCCUCACUGCUGCCGGCAGCUGUGACGUGGUAUGUGUUGCCUGUGAAAAGAGGAUGCUGUCCGUGUUCUCCGCCUGUGGUCGCCGCCUCCUCCCUCCCAUCCUCCUGCCGUCCCCAAUCUCCACUUUGCACUGCACGGGCUCCUACGUCAUGGCGCUCACUGCUGCAGCCACGUUGUCUGUCUGGGAUGUUCACAGACAGGUGGUUGUGGUGAAAGAAGAAUCUCUACACUCCAUCUUGGCAGGAAGUGACAUGACAGUGUCACAGAUCUUGCUGACACAGCAUGGAAUCCCAGUGAUGAACCUGUCUGAUGGGAAGGCAUACUGCUUUAAUCCGUCGCUUUCUACAUGGAACCUGGUUUCUGACAAGCAGGACUCCCUGGCCCAGUGUGCGGACUUCAGGAGCAGCCUGCCUCCCCAGGACGCCAUGCUGUGCUCCGGACCUUUAGCCAUAGUCCAGGGCCGUGCCUCCACUUCAGGAAGACAGGCAGCCCGGCUCUUCUCCGUGCCUCAUGUAGUGCAGCAGGAGACCACCCUGGCCUACCUGGAGAAUCAGGUUGCGGCGGCACUCACCCUGCAGUCCAGCCAUGAGUACCGCCAUUGGCUCCUCCUCUACGCUCGGUACCUUGUGAACGAAGGGUUUGAAUACCGACUCCGAGAAAUAUGCAAGGACUUACUGGGUCCGGUUCACUACUCCACUGGAAGCCAGUGGGAGUCAACGGUAGUGGGUCUGAGGAAGAGAGAGCUGCUGAAGGAGCUGCUGCCAGUCAUCGGGCAGAAUCUCCGCUUUCAGCGCCUCUUUACCGAGUGUCAGGAGCAGCUCGACAUCCUGAGGGACAAGUAGCCUACCCAGGCCUUCCCUGGCUGCAACAAGGGCAGGGCCACACACUCGCCGCUGACAAUGCACAGGGCCACCUCUCACCUCGUCAGACUACAGAAGGACGAGGAGACACUGGCACGAGGUGGGCUGUCCUGUGCCAGCGCUGGCCCAGCUCCCUGGGCGGACUUCCCCCAUAUCCUGGGCCUGUUGCUCCCUCAGAGGGGGGCAGCUCUGCCCGCCACUCAUCCCUCCCUCCAGGACCCCUGUGCAGAGCUGGGGUUGGGGCCCUGCCCUGCUGCCCUGGGGUCAGUGAGGCACUCCCAGGCCUGCCGUUUCCAGCACGGGCCCGAGGUGGACACUAGUCCCUGCCACAGCAGGCAUCGUGCUGCUUCAGCUAUGACGAAUGAGCCAUUUGUGAAAGAGAGACCCCGGAAAUGUUAGUGUAUUAUGCAGUCAGUAGACUGACCCAAGACCUAGGUAAAAGGAAAGGCUAUUCCAACGCGGACUAUUUUUGUACUAGAAUUUGCUAACUUGUAAUAUGGAAUUUUCCUUUUGGCCAAUAAUCAGGAUUUCCCUAUAAGUCACUUGGACAUUGGUCACUUGUAGGAAAUUUAAACUCUAAUUAUGACAGCUACAUUGAAAAAUAAUUGUACUGAAAUUAACUUGUCUAUCUUCAUUUGGUUUUAAUUUUUAAAUGUUUGUAAAAAGAGACUGUUUUUUGGGGAAUGGGGCAGAGGGGUGGGCGAUUUCUUUUGUAAGUGUAAAAUAAAUGAACACGCAUUGGAUACCAAA